UGCGACCGCCGCGGAUACGACAAAACAACACGAAAACGAAGAAGAACGAUUCAUUUUCUGUUUGUUUACUUCUGAUUAAAAUGUAAGUAACGUUAGAGUAAAAGAGCUAAGAGCUGAGAUACGAGCUUAUGUCAUUGUGCUCGUUAUGUUUAUGAAACACACAGAUGCUGAGUCACAAUACGCUGAUGUUGCGCUGAAAUAAGACACGGACAUGUCAGUUUUCCCUCAGCUUUCCAUGAACCCAGAAGUGCGAGAACAUCUUCGCAAUGUUUAUACAAACAACGAGCUGGUGUUUGAAGCUCUGCUGUCCUGUCUGUCUCAUCCGCCUCUGUUCACCUGUCUGAGAGCCAGCACACACCUGCACUCACUUCAGGACAUUCAGCACCGGCUCCAGCGACAUUUAGCACAGCAGGAAAGAUCUCCAUCAGUUUACACUCACCCACAGCUUCCAGAUGUUCUGCUGCUUCCAGUCCACGGCCCUCGGCCCGUGGAUCCGCUGGCCUCUGAAGUGAUCGUUGGCGCUCAGUGUGGUAAUGCUGUUCUUCGAGGAGCUCAUGUGUUCACGCCUGGCAUCCUCAGCACGCCAAAGUACAUGAAAGUGGGCGAGGUGGUGUCUGUCUUCUCUGAUGUGGAGGGCAAGUGCACACGCGGAGCCAAAGAGUUCAAGGGCAAGAAGGUGUUUCUGGGUAACGGGAUUUCUGAGGUGGAUCGCUCAGAAAUAUUCAGCUCAGAUGGACCCGGGAAGGGUGUUGCCAUUCGAAUGACUGAGCCUCUCUAUCAAAGCCCUUCCUUUGAUGGUGUUCUUACAGAUCAGCUCUUUCUACAGAACCUGCCGUCUGUGGUCGUGGGUCAUGCUUUAGGACCUCGUCCAGGAGAGCGAAUCCUCGACAUGUGUGCCGCUCCUGGAGGAAAGACCACACACAUCGCUUCUCUCAUGGGAAACCAGGGUACUGUUGUGGCCUUGGAAAAAAUCCGAUCCAAAAUGGAAAAGAUCGUUCAGAACGCAAAGAUGCUGCAGUUGCACUGUAUUAAAGCAUAUUGCUGUAACAGUGUGCAUGCUGUGAGCUCAGAUCCCGCUCAAUGCAGUGCAGAGUUUUGACCGGAUAUUAUUAGACGCUCCCUGCAGUGGUU